CUGGAGCAAUUAGCGGAUCCCCUCUCAUCUGCGAUGACGCGAAUUCCAGCCAUACUCUCUUGUGUACUGCUCUUUGCUCUCGCCGCCAGUGGCGCCCCAACGGUGCAACUCGGCAAAACAGCCGUGGUUGGGCGCAGCUUAUCGACGUUCGGCCAGGAGUUCUUCGGAGGCAUCCCGUAUGCCAAACCGCCGCUCGGCGAUCUCCGCUUCCGGCCUCCCGUGCUGACGACCUCCCUGAACGAAACCACGCUCGAUGCCGCGCAAUUCGGGGCAUCGUGCAUCCAGGGCCCGAGUGACAACUCCCCCGCUGGUCUGCCUAGCGGCUUUCCGGUGUCCGAGGACUGUCUGACGAUCAAUAUUAUUCGUCCUGCCGGUGUCAACUCCACCUCGAAACUCCCUGUGAUGUUCUGGACAUACGGCGGUGGACUUAUCUACGGGGCCUCCGUGAUCUACAACGGCAGCGCCAUCGUUGAGCAGAGUGUGAUUCGAGGCACUCCCGUCAUCUUUGUCAACUUCAACUACCGUCUCGGCCCGUUCGGCUUCCCCCAAGGCCAGGAGGCGACGGAUCAAGGAGCGCUGAACCUCGGCAUCAAAGACCAGAUCGCUGCGCUCGAGUGGGUGCAGAAAAACAUCGGCAAGUUCGGCGGUGACAAGCGCAAAGUUCUCGUGUUCGGAGAGAGCGCGGGCAGCAUCCUCACGUCGAUCUUGUUCUUGAACAGUCGGGUGGAAAAAUUAGCACGUGCCGCGGCAAGGAGAUAUGAACCACCUCAAAAGAUUUUCGAGUCCGGAUGGCAGGCCACAUUGCCGAUCGUUCCCGCGACGAGCCGGGAGAAUCUCUGGACCAACUUUGUGGGCGGCGUCACUUCCUGUGCCUCCCUCGCGGGCACCCAUUCGACAUUCUCGUGUCUGCGGAAUGCCACCACCCAGGAGCUUCUCGACAGCUUCAACGCUGCCUUUGCAGGGUCCGCCGAACCUUACCCGUGGGACCCGGUGAUCGACGGUCCCCAGGGCUUGAUCCCAGAUCUCCCAUCGCGGCUCCUGGCGCAGGGCAAGUUCUCCCGAGUUCCUUUCAUCGCUGGAACCAACCUCGACGAGGGAACAUAUUUCACCUCGCAGUCGCAGUCGCUUAACUCCACUGCCGCCGUCAAUGCAUCCUUUAUCUCGAAACGCUUGCCCUCAGACUCGCCUGCGGUUUUCCAAAGUUCGGUUACGGAACUGCUCAAACUGUAUCCUGAUGUUCCUGCCCUUGGAUCACCAUACGGGACGGGAAAUAACACCUUCGGUCUGGGCAGCCAAUUCAAGCGCGCUGCAGCUAUCGAUGGAGAUCUAGAUUUCCACUCCCAAAGGCGGCUGUGGAUUGAAGCGGCAGCUAAUGCUGGAGUGAAGACUUUCGGGUACCUCUUCACCCAGCCGCAGCCCGACGACCUGCCUCAGCUCGGCGUUAUGCACGGAUCCGAGAUCCCCUACGUGUUCGGCGCGCCGGCCGACACGUCGCCCUCAUCGGUGGCCAUAAGCCGCAUCAUGAUCGACUACUGGGUCUCGUUCGCGACGAGUCUCACCCCGAACGACGGGCUUGGCACCCCGCGCGCGGAGUGGACGCAGUUUACGCCCAGAUCAAAAUCGCUUAUGCAGCUCAACGGGGCGAAUCUGACGAUGAUUCCUGACAACUACCGCGAGGAGCAAAUAUCCUUUUUUAACUCGAACCCAGAGAUAUGGUGUCACUGAGCUGUUUAUCGUCGUCUUCAUCUAUCGUCAAGUCAAUCCGUAUAUAUUGCUUUGGUGCUUUAGUGAAGCUCGAGGAACUCAAGAGUGGUUCAAUUCAUUGUUAGUUCCAAGUCGCGGUGGAAUCGGCUAUGCAUCUGUGUGGUAGAUCUUCUCUUUCUCUUUCUUCUCCCUUUUUCGUCCAUCCUUACAUCCACCUGGCCCUCAUUCACCACAUUGAUGGUUAAGAUCUCACGUCCCUAAAUGAGUGCCAGUUCAUGUUUCUCGCGUAUGUAAGGAAUUUCUGACUUCGGGGCUUUACAUGGCAAGAGGGGCCAUACUUUUUUCCGCGGAAAAUAUGCCACAAGCUAGAAGUGCGAUUCUCA